GGUUGUAUUGUAUUUCGUAAUUGUUUGUAUUGUUCGUUUUAAACUGUUUAUUUUAAGUACUUAUAUUUUGAUAAGCGAAACCUUAGCUAUAUCAUUCGCUUUAGUGUUUAUUAUGAAAUCGAUUUAUAAAAGUCUUUAAUACAAUUCUUUAAUAUGGGGUGUGCUCAAAGUGAAAUUUCGCCCCAAAAUGAAGCUCCAAAAAAGGGUUGCACAGAUAUUCUUUGGCUGAUAAUUUACGUGCUGUUUUGGAUAUUGAUGAUUAUAGUAGCCGCUAUUUCCUUUGUUUAUGGGGACCCACAAAGACUAAUUAAUGGAUAUGACUCUUUUGGCAAUACUUGUGGAGUUAAAAGUAAUAAGAAGUUGAUCAACUUUCCUUUAGCCGGUAUCAGCACUAUGGAUAAGAACUAUUUAUUCUUUAUGGAUGUCAAAGAAUUGAGACGCUCACUCAAGAUAUGUGUGAAACAAUGUCCAAAUAAAAAAUUACAGUCUCUGAAUGAUAUAAAAGAUUUUUACAGAGAAACCGGAUCAAAUUUGUGUAGAUAUGAUGUUAAUUUAAAUAAUGUGACAAACGAAAAGGACCUCCAUAACUUCAUAGGCCCUUGUCCUACAUUGCCUGUUUAUGACUCGUUUCCACUUCUCAAUAGAUGCUUCCCUAAGUCUGCACAGGACUUAGCUAAAAGAGUAUUUAAUGAUUUUUAUGACUUAUUAAACAGUUGGGAUACCGUUGAACAAAUGUUAUCUGACAUAUAUUCAUCUUGGAAGGAAAUGAUCAUCUGUGUUAUUGUUGCUUUUCUUUGUUCGUUAGCAAUGGUGUCUAUACUUCAUCUACUGGCAAGUCUUGUUUCAUGGAUUUUUAUGAUUAUUGUAUCCGUUGUAAGCAUAGCUGGAACUGCACUUCUAUGGUACACAUAUCAUGAACUCCGAACUAAACAGAAGGAUUUCUCAGAAACUCCCUUUUUGGCUGAAUCCUUGAAAAAUGAGAAGGCUUUCUUGUGGUAUGCAAUAAUUGCAACUAUUAUAACGGUUAUCUUGUUGCUGCUGGUCUGGGUGAUGCGAUCACGGGUAUCAUUUCUUGCAGCCUUGUUCAAGGAGACUGCUCACUGCCUCGGCUCUAUUCCAUCUCUUUUUCUGCAGCCUAUAAUAACAUUCUUAUUUUUAAUAUUAUUCUUUGCAUUUUGGUCCACUGUUGUGGUUUGUCUUGCAACAGCAAAUUAUCCUGGAAUACCAUAUAAAACGAACUUUUUUGUCAAUGGAACUCCAUUGCCUGACCAUAUUGAUAAUGCAGCGGUACGAGCACAAGAGGUUAACAAAAGCGCUAAUUUUAAAACAUUUACUCUGGAUUCGGUGGAGUUCGAUCCAUUAUGGGUGAAAAGCAUGUGGUGGAUAUGUUUAAUAUGUCUGAUAUGGGGUAGCGAGUUCAUACUUGGAUGUCAACAAAUGACUAUAGCUGGUGCUGUAUCACAUUGGUAUUUUAGAGGUCCUAAUGCAAACUCUCCUGUUAUGUAUUCUAUUGGAAAACUUGUGAAGUAUCACUUAGGUUCAGUUGCUAAGGGUUCAUUUUUGAUUACCCUGUUUAAAAUACCACGUCUCAUUCUAACAUAUUUACAUGCCAAGUUGUCAGCCAGAGCAGAGAAGGGAUCCGACUGUGCUAAAUGUGGAUUAAAAUGUGGAAUUUGUUGUUUUUAUUGCCUCGAGAAGUUUAUACGUUAUUUGAACCAUAACGCCUACACUAUCAUCACUAUAGAAAGAUGUCAUUUUUGUAAAGCAGCUGCUAAGGCGUUUAGUACUAUAGUGAACAAUGCCCUUCAAGUAGCGACGAUCAAUAGUGUUGGCGAUUUCAUUCUGUUCCUGGGCAAAUGUAUAGUUACCGCGGUAACGGGCAUUGUCGGUCUGCUGCUUCUGAAACGUAACUCAGACCUGCACUUCUUCGCUGCACCAACUCUGGUCAUAUGCGUGUUUGCGUUCUUCAUAGCACAUUGCAUAUUGUCAUUAUACGAGAUGGUGGUCGACUCCCUUUUCCUAUGCGUGUGUGAAGAUCGAAAUAUGAACGGUUCGGAUGGUAAAUGGAAAAAUUCCCGUCUAGCCGAGUUGGGUGGACACAAGCGGGACACCGAAAACGACGGUCCUGAACUACAGGAUCUCCAAGAAAAGUAUUGAAAACAAUAUCUAAAUCUCCCUUUCUAAAUGUUUAUUAGUUUAAUUUAACUGAGCUGUC